UUCACUCUCUCUUUCUUUGUUUCUUAGAUACUAAAUAGUAACCGGAAUUAUGCAGCAUUGCCAGACGACAGAUUCGGGUUGGGGCAACUACCAUAAUGCGAGCCCGAGGAGUUCAUCGUCGGACCCGCUGGAGAGGGUGGUCCGGCUGGCCUCCGGCAGCGCGGUGGUGAUAUUCAGCGUCAGCACCUGCUGCAUGUGCCAUGCAGUGAAGCGUCUCUUCUGCGGGAUGGGCGUUAACCCCACGGUGUACGAGCUGGAUCAGGACCCCAAAGGGAAGGAGAUGGAGAAGGCGCUGUCCAGGCUGCUCGGCAACUCGCCGCCGGUUCCGGUGGUUUUUAUCGGCGGAAAGCUGGUUGGGACCAUGGACAGAGUCAUGGCUUCACACAUCAAUGGCACUCUCGUCCCUCUCCUCAAGGAAGCCGGAGCUCUCUGGCUUUAAAUCAAUAGCCUUAUGCAUCUAUCAGAUCAGAUCACAAACUAAAAUUUUCACCAUUUUUGUAUUACUUCUAUGCGUAGCUAGCUUCCCUGUUUCUUGCUCUUUCUCUUUCUUUCCCAUUCCCCAAAGAAUGUGCUUAGCCUAUCAAGAUUCAGAUUAGUCACUGUGUCCGACAGUGGAAACAACUGCAUGCAUGUAACUGAGCCAUCCUUUGUAAGUACAGAUGAUGAAUCAAAUUUUAAAUUAAUCUUCUCUGAUCUACCUUAA